AUGGCUCUGCAAGCUGCUGUUAAAGGAAAAUUGAUCAGUGUUAUCGGAGAUGAGGAUACUUGCGUUGGAUUUCUCCUUGGAGGAAUUGGAGAAAUAAACAAAAAUAGACACCCAAACUUCAUGGUGGUGGAUAAAAAUACUCCAGUCAGUGAAAUUGAGGACUGUUUCAAAAGAUUCACAAAACGGGAUGACAUCGACAUUGUCCUCAUCAACCAGAACAUUGCCGAGUUAAUCCGACAUGUAAUAGAUGCCCACAUGGCCCCUGUACCAGCUGUCCUUGAGAUUCCAUCUAAGGAUCAUCCCUAUGAUGCCAGCAAAGACUCUAUUUUACGUCGCGCUAAGGGAAUGUUCAACCCCGACGACCUGUCUAUGUUCGGAGCUGAGAACUACACUACUUAA